AACACUUUGAAGCUUUUGAAGGUCAUGAAAAUAUAAAAUGGAAGUUUUUCUUUCAUAUGUCUUUUUGUUUACCUUUAACUUGAUAGAAUAACUAUUGUUGGUAUGCAGAUAAAUGAAUAAUUUUUUUUGUUAUCACUGUCAAAUAUUUGCACUGGAUUGAAAGCAGGAGUUUUAGUUCUCUAAUUAAAUAAUCAAAGAUAAGUAGCUGCUAGAUAUAAUCCUAGCUUUGUUUUAAAUCCUGGUAUAAACGUUGGUAAUGUAACAUGCAGCUAUUAUUAACAUUUAUUUUCUGCUUGUGAUAUUUAAUUAUAAUUUUUCACAGGAAAAUAAAAAUAUAAAAUAAAAUCAAACCAUUAAGCAAACUAAUGAUUAAAGUUAAACAACUUUAAAACUUUCUACAAAAAUAAAACUUAAAUGUACUUCCUACCAUGCAAAUUUAAUUAUCAGUUACCAGAAGUAACCAUGCAAUAUGGUAUUUUGCAGAAAUCUAUUCAUCCAGUUAUUUUUGGCUGGGCAUUUCUCUUAUAUUCAUUUUAUUUGUUCAUUCUGGAGAGCUAGUCAGUUAUCAUGCGAUGCCAACUGAUUCCAUGUACAUAUUAGAUAACGAUGCUUGUGUGGGUGUCAACACUGAAACCAUUUAAUCCACUUUUUUUUCAAAAAAAGGACUUAACUCCCUUCUUUCACACUGUAAUUUCAAAGAGAUAAACAAUUCUUAGCAGUGUGGAGAAAAUGGACACAAUGGAGAGUACCCAGAAUACCAAGGAACAGGACAUUCCAGGAGCCCCUCCGUACCGUUUGAGAGACCGUGAACAGCUCAGGAAAAGAAAGCUGGAAGCACAGGAGCAGAAGAGUUCACAGUGGGUGUUUAAGGAGAAAUCAAAGUCAAAAAGAAGAAGGCAAGGAAAGGCCAGUGGAAUAAGCAUUAAGCUUACCAAGAAGCCUGAGCCUGAGCUGGAGUCUCAUCCGGAGCUUGAGCUGGAGUCUCACCCUGAGCCUGAGCUGGAGUCUCACCCUGAGCCUGAGCUGGAGUCUCACCCUGAGCCUGAGAUGGUCUCUCACCCUGAGCCUGAGCCUGAGCUGGAGUUUCAUGCUGCAGCUGAACCUGCGCCAUUCCAAGAACCACAGCCUUUGCAAGAACAAAAAGAGGAAGCCAGAUUCAAAGUAGAACAAUCAAGUCCUCAGUGGGAGAAGCCUGCACCACUGCAGCAAAGUGCAACCCUUUCAAUAAUCGGGUGUCCUGCUACUACUUCAACAGAUGAGCUUGGAGGAGUACAGCCAGCUUGUAUGAAGAUACCAGAGAGUUUGCCACUGCAAGCAGAAGACGGGCCUGGGGAAAAUACCCCAUUUGAAGAACAAAUAGCUUUGUUCAUAUAAAAACAUCAACACAUGUGAAUUUCAUAGAUUUUUUUGAGUUUUAUCCGACAGUUAUUAUUACACAGGGGAGAUAACAAUAGUACUUUUGUCACCACAGGCCAAAACACUCAUUAUAGAAGGUGCAGACUUGCAUCCCGUCACAAUACAGUCUGAUACAUCAGGACUUUGAUGACGGUUGACAUCUUUCUUUAAUGUGCCACAUUCUGGCAGGAUGUGAAACAAAAUCCCUACAGUCUCCUGACUAUUUAUGGUGCAUUCUGCAAGGAAACACAAAAAAAUGAUAAAGGAGUAUCUUAAAGUAAAAGAGAGCUGACCCUAUGACAGAAAAGUUAAACAGGGUAUCACAUAUUACAGAAACAGGGCAUUCAGCCGACCAGUGUGUGUAGGUAUUUAUACUCUAUGCAAAUCUCCAUCAGAGGAACACAGCAUUAGAUGCAGCCAUUCAGUCCCCUGUAACUGGUUGGCCUUUCAUUAAGACCAUGGUUAAAAAUAAGAAUUUGAGCAGAAGUAAAUCAAAUGCUCUUGAGUGUGUUCUGCCAUCAAUAAGGUCUUGACUAAUUAUGUGCCUUUAUUUUCUUCUUGUACCCCCCUCCUCUCAUUCCCCCUAUAUCCACACAUCCAACCAUCUCCACCUUGAAUAUAUUCAGAGACUGAACAUGCAGAGCUCACAUCAUCUCAGUUCCAAGCGGCUGACCCCAAAGCUCGAGACGAUGCACCCUCGUUCUAGACUCGCCAUCUGGAAGAAACAGCCUCCCAGCAUUUCCCCAUCAAGUCCUCUCAGAAAACAUCACUCUUAUUCUUGUAAAGUGUACUGAAUAUAGGCCAAACUUACUUAACUCACAAUUCAUAUGGCAACUCCUUCAUCCUUAGAAUGAACUUAAUGAAUCUAUGCUGCACUGACUCCAAAACAACUGCAUUGUUCUUUAUGUAAAGGGACCAUACUUCUACAGUAGAUAGGAGGGUCAAAGAAGGCAUACAGAAUGCUGGCCUUCAUUAACCGGGGCACAAAAUAUGAGGGCAUGGAGGCCACAGUACUAUUUUAUAAAACAUUGGUUAGGCUACAGCUGAAAUAUUGUGUUCAGUUCUGGUUGUCAAACUACAUAGAGGAUGUGAUUACUCUGGAGAAGGUGCAAAUGAGGUCUAUUUAUAUGUUGCCUGAUAUGGAACACUUUAGUUAAGAGGAGAGACUUGAUAGGCUGGGUUUAUUUUCCUUAGUAGCGGAUGCUGAGGCGAAACCUGUAAGAAGUGUACAAAAUUAUGAGAACUAUAGAUACAAUUAAUAAGGAAAUGUUUUCCUAUGACCUUGGGAAAAAAAAACAACCAAAGGGUUAAAUAGAUGAUGGAGGCACGUAUGCUAAUUACAUUUAGAAAGUAUCUGAACAAGCACUUGAAUCAGCGAGGUAUAGGUGACUAUGAACUAAGAGCUGUGCUGACUAUAAAUGAGUAGGGAUGGGUACCUGAUAGACCUUGCUGGCUGAAGAGCCUGCUUCUAUGCUGUAUGACUCUCUAUAACUAUUUUCCUUCUUCCGUACUUCCUCUGCCUCACGAAUCAACAUAUCAAGAACUAUCCUUACACCAAUAUCUAUUAGAUUUUCCUGGAUGGGGUAAGGUGAUAGUUAUCUACAAUUACCUCAACACUUUCCCUUAGAGUCUAAUGAUCAAUCAGAGUGACUAAGUAUCCAAAAUAACUAACUUGAUCUAACUUCAUAUAUCUGACUUUGCCCUAUUUUCCCCUAAAAUUUUGGGCAACAGAACUAACUCAAGAUUGUUUAAUAUUAUGUAUCAGAAUAUCCUUGUAUUCAUCUCUCCCCAAUAUGUUUAUUUAACUGUCAACUGAUGCAUCUCACCUGUUCACCUUAACUCCAUGUGAUAAUGAGCUUCACAUUUUCACCAGACUCUGAAUAAAGGAGAUUCCUUUGAAUUCCCCACUGGAUAUAUUAGUGAGAAAGAUCAGUAGAUAAUAAAUGCAGUCAACUACACUUUACAGAUUAUUUUUUCCCUAUGUACUUGUCAACUAGCACUACCUAUUGGGAAAAUUCAUAUGACACUUAGCAUGACACACAUUGAAAUGAUACAAUUCAACUACCUAGACAGACACCAAUUACAAAGCUGAAGAGCAGAGCAAAAUUCUCAUUAUGUCUCCGCCAUCAGAGAAUGCAGUACAGAAAUUCAACAACCCUAUUAGCAACUGUAGGUGUCUCCCCGUAGUAACAUGCAUGAUUGACAACACCUGUUCGACAGAGGUUCAGUGUUAUCUUUGUAAAUGUUACACGGCACUUCCCAUUCAAGUAGCUCACUUUUAUCAAAUUAGUUAUGUUCAUGAUAUGACUUUUAUACAUGAUAUUUUAUAUUGUGCAGUGGAUGUACAAAAAAAGAAAAAAUGUAAAAUUAUGUGAAAAUAAAGAAAUUGUUUA